UUUACAGCCUCGCCUACCUCGAACCUAGUGGGCUAUUUAUGCUAUCUGGUACUAGCACGGCUAGGCUCUGGUGGGCUCUCCGCAGCGUCUACUAACCACAACCACUCAAUGCCACUCUUGCCAGCCCAGCCUCACCAAUCUACCUAGGUACUUCAUGCCUAGUAUAAGACCAUUACCCACAGAAAACUCCACGGAUGGGCUGUACGCAUGCCACGAUGCGGCCCUCGAGACGAGGCGCUUGAAGACUCAGACUUUGAUAGCCAGGUGCGGAAUACCUAUCAUCGUGGGGCUUCUCAAUAUUUGUGCAGAGCAAUACUCCACUAGGUAGAAAUGAGAGCUAUAUGUAUAACUUUGCCUUCGUCUCGUUGUGAAAAUGUACAGCUGGCUGUCACUUCUUCACCGACCUCAAUCUCUCCACUGCUCUGAACUGUGAACCAUGGCUGCUCCUGCUGCUUCUCCUGCUCCUGCUGUUGCUUCGAGCUCUCGGUGGGGUAUAGGUCGCUUGCGCUUCUCUCUGCAGCGUUUGAAAGGGAAAGCCCGACCGACGCUCCAUCAGCAUCGGAAGGGUGGUCAAUGCUCCUGUGAGAGCACCAGCAAGAGUGCCAGCGCCACCAUAGCCACUCCCAGCACCGUGAGCGUGGGCAAGAGCCUGAGCCUGAGCAAGAGAGAGAGCUUGGUGGUAAACACACCCGCAGAAACACCUGCAGAGCCAGAGCUUCCACCUCUCCCCACCACACCUACGUCCCAACCUUCAACCUCAACACCAUCACCACAUCAGAGUCUAAUUACCUCGACCCCCGAUCCCGACUCCGAUUCGCCGCUCACCCCAGAAACAGAGUCUGCAUCUGCGUCCGAGGUAGAACCAGACCCCGUACAGAAGCCUGAACCAGAAUCCGAAUCCAAACCUGCACCAGAAUCCUUACCCGAUCCAGAACGAGAACCAGAAGCUGCAGUAGAUCCUGCAUCCAUACCUGCACCCGAAUCCAUAGCUUCAACCGACGAAGAAGAGUCCAUAUUUCAACCUGAACCUGAAUCCGACUCCGAACCCACGCAAUCACUCCCCAGCAUGGCUCCUAAGAAGGAAGUGUCCAGAGACGAGGAUGGAGAGCUACAAUAUGGUAUGAUGCCUCAUCAAAGGCUGCAACCUCCAAGCUAACCAUGACUGCACAGGUUCUAUUUACUCGGUCUCCGGGUAUGUCACAUCUUCGGAUAUCACUGCAUUCUUUUUACUGAUUCAAUUAGACCCGUCGUGGUGGCAGAAAACAUGAUUGGUGUUGCCAUGUACGAAUUGGUGAGCUUCCAGAGUUGGCAUUGGCACACAUCCCCAGCAGCUUACCACCCUCCAGGUCAAAGUCGGUCACGAUAACCUCGUAGGAGAAGUCAUUCGAAUCGAGGCAGAUCGAGCCACAAUCCAAGUUUACGAGGAAACGGGUAAGUAAUGCAUCUGCAAAUGUGUGGGACAUUUACUGACCAGACGAAGCUGGUGUAACGGUCGGAGACCCUGUUACGCGAACUGGAAAGCCACUAUCCGUCGAAUUGGGUCCUGGGUUGAUGGAAACGAUUUAUGAUGGUAUCCAGCGCCCUUUGAAAGCUAUCGCAGAAGCUGCAGACAGUAUCUAUAUUCCCCGUGGUAUUGCAGCGCCUGCCCUGAGCAGAACGAAGGACUGGGAUUUCAAGCCACUGAAGAAGGUGGGAGAUCACAUCACUGGUGGAGAUAUUUGGGGUACAGUUUACGAAAACUCCCUCUUGGAUGAUCACAAAAUCUUGUUCCCACCACGAGCGAGAGGAACUAUCACCAGAAUCGCAGAGAAGGGAAGCUAUAAGGUCGAUGAAAAGAUUCUGGAAGUCGAAUUCGAUGACAAGAAGACCGAGUACAUGAUGAUGCACACAUGGCCAGUCCGUGUGCCUCGUCCAACAACUGAAAAGUUGGCAGCCGACAAGCCUUUCGUUGUCGGCCAAAGAGUUCUGGACGCUCUCUUCCCUAGUGUCCAAGGUGGUACCGUAGCCAUUCCUGGAGCUUUCGGUUGUGGAAAGACUGUCAUUAGUCAGUCGGUGUCCAAAUUCUCCAACAGUGACAUUAUUGUCUAUGUUGGAUGUGGUGAACGUGGAAACGAGAUGGCGGAAGUCUUGAUGGAUUUCCCGGAACUCUCCAUCGAUGUCGACGGAAGAAAGGAACCCAUCAUGAAGCGUACCACUUUGAUCGCCAACACAUCCAACAUGCCUGUAGCUGCUCGCGAAGCCUCCAUUUAUACGGGAAUUACUGUAGCUGAAUAUUUUCGUGAUCAGGGAAAAGAUGUUGCCAUGAUGGCUGAUUCGACUUCUCGUUGGGCUGAGGCUCUUCGUGAAAUUUCUGGUCGUUUGGGAGAAAUGCCGGCUGAUCAGGGUUUCCCGGCUUACUUGGGAGCUAAAUUGGCCAGUUUCUACGAGCGUGCCGGAAAGGUACAAGCUCUUGGUGGACCAGAUCGUGAGGGAAGUGUCAGUAUUGUCGGUGCUGUCAGUCCUCCUGGUGGUGAUUUCUCAGAUCCCGUCACUAGCAGUACUUUGGGUAUUGUGCAGGUUUUCUGGGGUCUUGACAAGAAACUCGCUCAACGAAAACAUUUCCCAUCUAUCAACACAUCCGUCAGUUACAGCAAAUACACCAACGUUCUCGAUAGGUAUUACGAGAAGGAUCACCCCGACUUCCCUCGUCUUCGUGAUCGUAUCAAGACUCUGCUUUCUGAUUCCGAAGAACUGGAUCAGGUUGUGCAGUUGGUUGGAAAAUCAGCUUUGUCUGACCCUGAUAAGAUCACUUUGGAUGUUGCUGCCAUGAUCAAGGAAGAUUUCUUGCAACAAAAUGGUUACUCGGAUUAUGAUCAAUUCUGUCCUAUUUGGAAGACGGAGUGGAUGAUGAAGGCUAUGAUGGGUUUCCAUGACGAGGCACAGAAGGCUGUUGCCCAGGGACAGAACUGGAACAAGGUCCGAGAAGCUACUGGUGAACUCCAGUCGCAAUUACGAAGUAUGAAAUUUGAGGUUCCUUCGGAUGGAGAGGAUGUUAUCACUAAAAAGGUACGUCAAACGAUCCUUGAUGUGUUGACGUUACUAACCAAGAUUUCUAGUAUGAGGAUCUGGUUCAGGCCAUGACGGAUAAAUUUGCUGCAGUGACUGAUGAGUAAACGGAAUUAUGAAAAAAAGGCUACCGGUAUUCAGAUUGUGGGGGUGAAGCGAUGGGGAUGUUGCAUUGCUGGCCUUUUUUGGUUGUUAUGAAGUAGCGAUGAUGAUAGAUUGGGGGUGGGGGAUUUGUUUAUAUUUCUUAGGAUGGUUGUACUAUGAAUACAGUCUUUCAAUCAAGUGUUCUUUUUUCAUUACUG